AUGUCGUCCAAUACGCAGAAACCGCAGAUCCCACCUGCACACGAACAGGUCGCCGAUCCGGAUCAGUACACCCUCCGCAACACGCCCUUCCGACUCUACACGACACCCUUCUCCGACAUCCUCUUGCGGCCCUACCACGGUUCGGGCACAAAGGAGGAUCCAUACCUGGUUGAGUGGCUUCCCGACGAUGCCGAGAACCCUCAGAACUGGUCGCAAGUUUACAAAUGGUCGCAGACGGUCCAGGUCGCCAUCGCCACUCUUUCAGUCGCACUCGCCUCUAGUGCCUACUCGGGUGCCAUCGACUCGCUGCAGGAGCGCUUCCAUCCCGGAAAGCAGAUCAUCCUUACGCUAGGCGUCUCGCUCUUUGUGCUCGGGUUCGCCUUUGGUCCCCUCUUCUGGGCUCCCUUCUCCGAGGUGGUAGGGAGACGAAACCUCUUCAUCUUCACCUACGCUGUCUUCACCUUGUGGCAAGCGGUCUCGGUCGCCUCGCCCAACAUCGAAUCGUUGCUCGUCUUCCGUUUCCUUUCCGGCUUCUUCGGGUCGAGUCCCCUCGUCAACACGGGUGGCACACUCGCCGACAUGUUUGGUGCCAAGCAGCGUGGUCUAGCCAUGGCCAUCUUUGCCAGCGCUCCCUUCCUGGGUCCGGCCCUCGGGCCCAUCACCGGUGGCUUCCUCGGCGAGACCAGCGGAUGGCAGUGGGUGAUCGCCUUCCUCGCCAUCUUUGCCGCCCUCAUCACCGUCAUCGGUACGAUCACUCUGCCCGAGACAUACGCGCCUGUACUGCUCCGAUGGCGCGCGCAGAAGCUCCAAGAGGUGACGGGCCACGAAUACAUCUGCAAGCUCGACAAAGGUCGCGAUCUUCGUCUCAAGACGCAGUUCAAGGUUGCCCUGGGGCGACCGUGGUUGCUGCUCAUCUACGAGCCCAUCGUCAGCCUCCUCUCUCUUUACAUUGCCAUCGUCUACGGUGUCCUCUACUCGCUCUUUGGCGCUUUCCCCAUCGUCUUUCAGCAGUACCGAGGAUGGAGUCCAGGUAUCGGCGGUCUCGCUUUCCUCGGCGUGUUGGUUGGCAUGCUGUUCGCGCUCGCCUACAUCAUCUUUUUCGAGAACCCUAGGUACGGACGGAUCUGCGACAAGCACGGCGGUAUCGCUCCUCCCGAGGCUCGUCUGCCUCCCGCCAUGAUCGGUGCGGUCUCGAUCGUCAUCGGCCUCGCCAUCUUUGCCGCCACCGACAGCCCGGAUCUUCCCUGGAUCGCUCCCAUCGUCGGCGGUGGACCGUUCGGUAUGGGAAUGGUGCUCAUCUUCCUCUCUUGCAUGAACUACCUUACGGACGCCUACCUCAUCUACGCCGCUUCGGUCCUCGCCUCCAACAGCGUCAUUCGUUCGCUGUUCGGUAUGGCCUUCCCCCUGUUCACUUCAAAUAUGUAUUCGAUCGGAGGCAGAAACGGCAUUCAUUGGGGACCUGCGAUCGCCGGCUUGCUCGCGCUCAUCUGCCUGCCCUUCCCGUUCGUGUUUUACAAGUACGGAGAGGGCAUCCGUCAUCGAUGCAAAUAUGCCUCGGAAGCCAAGAAGAUGCUGGAAGAGAUGCAGGAAUCGUCGCGAAAGCAACAGGCACCUUCUGACAAUGCCGCGAACGACGACGAUCUCGAAAAGGCACAAAGCAACACCGGGAGCAACGACGACGAAGCCACUCGCACGAACAGCCGCAACGGCGAAGGCAAGUUCACGCCCAGCAAGGCUGCUGAAACUGUGCGUAACAGUCCCGAGCUGGAACAACGGCCUAGCUCGGGCCAGACACAGUCGUCGCACUGA